GACCACUUGCUGCAUGGCAACCUGCCCUUCCAAGUUCCAGUUCCUUCAAGUUUUCACAAAGUCGAUUGCACCAGCUCACCAUGCGGCAUUGCGCUCUUUGCGCUGCUCCUUGCGCUGCCUUCCCAACAGGACGCUGUCUUGGUUGCAGCAAUUCCUCGCGGUGAGCGUCCCUGCUUCAGACCGCCAGAAGGACGAGUCCUUCCUGGCGACAUGGAUGCUGAUGCGAGCAAGACGGCCCUGCAGCACAUUGAACGUAUCAGGCGGGACAAGUUUGGGUUGGGCGGCGAUGACCUGGCCACGAACCCCCUCGCGGGCGACAUGCACCAGGCGGUGGCGUUGCUGGCGCAGGGGUUAUACCAGAAGGAGACGCACUUCAUUCUGGAGCUGAUUCAGAACGCGGAGGACAACUCGUACCCCGAGGGCCAGGAGCCGCAGCUGCUCUUCUCGCUGGCGCCGGGUGACCCCACAGCGGCGGGCAGCCCGGCAGAAGGGGCGCCCAUGACGCUGGGGCUGUUCAACAACGAGGUCGGCUUCAGGGAGGAGAACGUGGACGCGCUCUGCAGCGUGGGGAUGUCGACCAAGAAGGACAAGAGCUUUGGGUACAUUGGGGAAAAGGGCAUUGGGUUCAAGUCCGUCUUUGUGGUAUCGAAGACCCCCUGCGUCAUCAGCAACGGCUAUCGAUUCUGCUUCGACGAGGACGUGGACCCCGCGGCGAAGCUCGGGUACAUCGUGCCCACGUGGCUCCCCGCAGAGCAUCCGAGAGCGACGCAGCUGCAGGAGCUGGGUGCGCCUGCGGGCACGCGCACGGCCAUCCUGCUGCCGCUCAAGUCCGCCAAGGCCGCCGACGUGCAGCGGCAGCUCGCGGAGCUGGCGCCCGAGACGAUCCUGUUUUUGCGCAAGCUGCGCAGCCUCGUCAUCCUCGACAAGGUCCACAACAAGACCAUCGGCGUGGCCAAGCACCGCGCGCCGUACCCCGCCCUGCCCGUCUUUGAGCUGCAGACGCCGCACGCCCGCCCCACGACGUACCUGCUGCGCGAGGGCGCGUGGAUGGUCCCCCCCGGCGUCAAGGAGGAGAAGCGCGUCGGCGUCGACGUCUGGCGCGUCACCGUCGCCUUCCCGCUCGACGACAACCCCCCCGCUGACCGCGCCGACGUCUAUGCCUUCCUCCCGACAGAGGUGCACAGCGGGUGGCCAUUCCUGAUCAACGCUGACUUCCUGCUGACCGCUUCGAGAGAGAGCAUCGCGUUCGGUACCCCCUGGAACCAAGGCCUGCUGGGAUGCGCCCGCGCGGCCUUUGUCGAGGGCUACCUCGAGAUCCAGAACGUGUCGGCGCCCCUCCCUGUGUUUGGCGGCGGGGCUGCCCCGUCGUACGAGGUGCUGCGCUUCCUGCCCAUGCGCACCGCGACGCCCAAGCUGGAGCCGCUGCGCCAGCAAAUGGUCGCCGAGCUGGCCACCAAGCCCGUCGUGCCCCUCGCGCCCAUUGCCGCCUCGCCAGCCCCCGUCACCUUCUGCGAGCCGGCGCGCGCGCGCAUCGUCCACCCCGGCUUCCUCUCUUUGCUCGACACUGCAGUGCGCGGCGGGGCCACCCUUCCCGCGCUCCUCCAAACCGGGCCCCCUGCUGCGGACCGGCUGGGCCUGGUGCACCCCGAUGCCGCCGCACGCUUCCCUGCGCAGCUGGCUGCCCUGGGCGUCAAGAAGGCCUCGGCUGCGGAGUACACCGCCAUCUUUGCAGACCCGGGCUUUCUGUCGUCGUUGGGCGACGAGGCGUACGUGGCUCUGCUGCUGCUGCUGCUGGACGCCGCCUUCCCCGCGCCCGACCUGGUGCCGCUCGCCAAGGCGGACGCGCUACGCUUCGUGGACCCGGCCACCGGCGCCGUGCACCACGGCCGCUCCACCCUCCAGAAGCCCAUCUACCUGCCGCCCAAGGCCACCCAGGACGCGUGGCUGCUCCAGGAGGUGGCCCGCCUGCAGCCGCUGGCGCCCGUGCGGCUGUUAGCCCCCUCCUUCUACGCCGCUCUCUCCGCAUCCCCGCGCGCCGUGGAGCUCGUGGAGUGGCUGCGCAAGAUCCUCCAGGUGAAGGACCUGUCGGUGGCCUCGUAUGCGGAGCAGGUGCUGCAGGUGGCCAAGACCCUGCGCGACGCGGCGCCGCUGCUGGCCGCCACCGACUUCUUCGUGGCCGCGCACGCCGCCCACGCCGACACGGACCUCGCCAACCUCGCUCUUGCGGACCUGCCGUUGGUGGCCGAGACGGGCGCCGUGCUCCUGCGGUGGGCGGCGCCUGGUGCAGAGAAGGGCGCAGCCGCGGUGGGCAGCAAGAUGCUCCUGCUGCCCAGGGACGUGGCGGACUGGCCCGCGCUGCUGGACGGUGACAAGGCGUGGGCGGAGCGGUGUGUGAAGCUGCAUCCCGCGUACCUGGGCAGCAACCCGGAGCAGCGCGCCCCGCGCAUCGCGUUCCUGCGCACCCACCUGGCCGCCGUCGACCUCGCGCACAUCCAGCCCCCCGCCGGCACGGGCCUCGCCUGCCUCGACAAGGCCAGGGCCACGCGCAAGGGCCUGCCCGUGGCUGCCGCCCGCGCGCUGGUCAAGUGGCUGGCCGUGCUGGUGGCAAGCAAGGACGGCCGGGAGGCCACGUGGGCACGCGGCCGCGAUGGCAAGCCCUCCACGUUUGCGGCGCUGUGCAAGGAGGCGCCCUGGAUGCCGACCUCGCUGGGGGGGCGCAGGCCGGCAGAGACGUUCAUGCGGAGCGAUGCAGUGGUGCGGUUGCUGGGCGACUCGCUGCCGUUUGUUGUGGAAGGUGUGGCCACCCCGGGGGACAUCGACGCGCUCAAGUGGCUCGGGGUGCGGGUCGAGGUGACUCCUGACGACGUGGCGGCGCACAUCCGCACCUUGGCACGUGGCCCCGCCUCAGCCGUCGACUUGACGAGUGCUCAGAAGCUGUACGGCUACCUGGCCGCAAACAGCUGGACCCCGCCCAUCCGCAGGGGCGACGAGGGCGGCCCUCUGCCGGUGUGGCUGCCGGCGGGCGCGGGCGGGCGGGCGGAGGCGCAGUGGCGGCCGGUAGAGGCGUGCGUGUGGGAGGGCGUGGAGCGCCUGUUUGCGGGCCAGUUCGCGUGCCUCAGCGACGUGUACCGCCGCCCCUUCCAGGACUUCUUCGAGAAGAUGGGCGUCCUGCCCACUCCCCCCGUCAGCUGCUACAUGCGGGCGUGGCUGGCGGCCUGUGCGGGCGGGACGGUGCUGGGGCGCGAUCGCGGUGUGGAUGGGCUGUGCGCCGACCUGGAGCUGGCCGAGAGCGUCUGGACCAAGCUGGCAGCCGACUACCGCGACGUCAAACUGCAGGAAGAGUGGGAGGACUUCAAGCGGUCGGGUCUGGUGCCCGUGACGGCGCGCACGCCGUCCGAUGACGCGGACGAGAGUGCGCCCGAGUCGGGGUGGCAGGACGGCAUGCCGCCGUCGCCCAAGAAGCCCGCCAAGCAGCCCAAGCUCGACUUCGUGCGCCUCAAGCCCGGCGUCGAGGCCUUCAUCCCCGACGACCUCAACCUUGAGAAGCUGUUCUCGGAGGCGCACCCCGGGCUCCCCGUGGCGUGGCAGCCCGGCGCGGUGAGCGGCCCAGCGCUGCCGAGCCUGUUCGCCAUCUACCACGAGAUGGGCGCCGGCUUCUUCACCACCGCCAGCACGCUCAUCGUCACGCCGUCCGGGCGCACCGUGAAGCUGCCCAUCCCGCGCGGGCAGGCCGCGUCGCCCAUGGAGGCCAUCAAGCCCGUCAUCGGGCGCAGCCUGAUGCUGGCCGUCAUGGGCUUCCUCUCGUCCCAGGCGCACGGCGCGGGCCCCGAGUUCCAGGCGGCGGACGUGCGCCACGCGUGCCUGCUGCCGCUGGUGGAGGCCGCGGAGGUGGCGGUGGAGAAGCUGGAGGUGACGUACCGCCUGCGCAACGCUGCGGGCGACGUGGUCGCGCAGGUGGAGGGCAGCCGGCGCUGCCACUGGGCCAAGGAGCAGAAGACGCUCUUCCGCGCGCUCGAGGCGGACGACCCCCUCAAGGGCGGCCGCCGCGCACAGCGUGGGUCGGGCGAGCUGGAGACGGCGGUGGAUAUCGUGAAGGCCGUGGCGCGCGCUGUGAUCGACGAGCGGCUGGGCAACCGCGCGGAGGUGGUGGCGCGCCUCGAGGACUUCCUGCUCCCCUUCGCCAUGCAGGGGCUGUACAACAAGGACUACUUGACGCGCGAGCUGCUGCUGAAGAAGAAUGUGCGCAUCAACGCGGUGGACGAGGCGUGGAUCUUGUCGGGAGCCUUCACCGUGGACGAUCUCAUGAGCGAGGACGAGGACGACACCAUCAAUGGCUGGGGCGAACCACAAGGCAUGAACGGGCAGGCGGGCAAGGCGUGGGAGGGCGACUCGGCCAUGUCGGAGGGGCCGCUGCCGGAGGAGGGCUACGCGCCCAGCGCAUCGGGGCGGACCAGCGGCAGCCGGACGUGCUUCAAGUGCGGGGAGGAGGGCCACAUCUCGCGCGACUGUCCGCUGGGGGGCGGCCGCCUGUGCUUCAAGUGCGGCGAGGGAGGCCACAUCGCGCGGGACUGCCAGAGCGAACAGUUUGGAGGCAAUCAGCGGGGCAUGCUGCGGGACCGGCAGAGCGGGGCCCUGCGGGACGACUGGGCGCAGCAGCUGCAGGACGACGAGGCGGGGCCAAGCAGCAAGUACGACCGCGAGAUGCUGCAGAUCGACGCGCGGCAGUUCGUGGCGCGGCAGUACGGCAGCCUGCGCGAGUACAUUGCGGCGCAGGCGGGCGGCGGCGACCAGACGGCGCUCGAGAUCUGCAACCAGCUGGGGUACAGCCCGGUGACGGUGCCCAAGAAGCCGGUCGAGCUGCGCAAGGACGCGCGUGCCGCCCUCACCCGCGCCGACAGCACGCCGCCCGAGCGCAGCGCGCGUGUCAGCCUGCCGGAGGAAUUCCUGGACCGCCUGCGCUGGUGGACCGCAGAGCACCUGCCGCAGGUCCGCACCAAGCUGGGUUUCGCGGCGAGCCAGGAGGCGGGCGCGGCCGCGGGGCAGGAGCUGGGCGACGGCAUGCUGGACCGGUGCCUCACGCUGGCGUUCCUGCACGAGUCGUACCUGGGCGUGCGGCUGCCCAGCUACGAGCGGCUCGAGUUCCUGGGCGACGCCUGGCUCAACGCCGUCAUCAGCAGCCGGCUGUUCGAGCUGCACCCCCGGGCGCACGAGGGCCUCCUCUCAGAGAUGCGCGCCGCGCUCACGCGCAACGCCGUGAACGCGCUCUACCUGCGGGCGCUCGCGCUGGACGGGCAUGUGAUCCUGAACGAGGCCACGCCGAGCGUCAAGGACGAGUACGGCACUGUGCGUGACGACAUCUGCGCGGACGUGCUGGAGGCAAUCAUCGGGGCCGUGUUCUACGCUUUCGGACCCAAGGGGCCCUUCAUGGUGUACAAGCUCAUCAAUGAGAAGAUUACGCCCAAGCUGCUAGGUGCAUGAUGGCAAGGACGUACACAGGGGCAACGAGUGUGAAUCGAGGGGAGAGGUGAAGCAAUUUGAUUCCUCGUCGUCAAGAAAUCUUGACCUGCUUGUGAAGUUGUCUACUCGUAGAGAAGUCGCUCUGAAAAGUGCCAUGACCUGGCACUGAUUUCCGUGCACCGUUUCAAACGAUCGCCAGUUUUUACCUUUCACGCCAACGUGACACAUGGCAUGGUGGCUC